UGGAACCACUGCAAAAGUUUUCACCUCGGCCCAUUAUGAAUGAAUUUUAGAAAAAAAGGAAAUAAAAAAAUAAAAUAAAAAAAGACUUUGUUCUUUUACUUCAAUACAGUUCGUGAAAAGCCUUCAACAAGUCUUUACUCCACAUUUCAUCAUGUUUUUACUUAAACUACUGCUAACAUUAUUGCUAUUCACAAGUGCCAUUCUUGCACAAACAUCGUCUUACAUGACGUAUCCUUACGAUGGUAUUACAUGGAAAGUUGGAGAAAGAGUGAAAGUGGCAUUUUCACCUGGGCAGCCGAAUGAGACUGUCAGUGUAUUCUUCGACAACGAUAGAAGUCAGUUAUUAGCAGCAGGUUCCGUAACCAACGGAGCAAUAUUUAACUUCCAAGUACCCCAUGGCGCUAUGACGAAAGGAGGAGUCUCUGUACUUGUUGCUGUUCAUCGUGUAAAUAGAUACCUUGCAUCAGUUGACACUAUUACAAUUCAUGUUGUAUCCUAAAGAGCGUAUAUGAAUACAUAAAUAUAUAUAUACCCUCACAAAACUAACUUAGUUAAUCCUACAUUGCAAACUUGCCUAAUCAAUAAUUUAUUCAACAGAAUCUCUGUCGUUUAUCUGAUUAAACAUCAUAUUUACUGUUAUUAUAACUGUUCGUCAC